GCCGCGGGUGCUCGGGCACUUCAACUUCCCCUCCCAAAGCCUGACUGCCAUGCUUAUGGCUGACUGCUCGUUUGCUCGUUUGCUCGACCACAAAAUUUUCUUGUUAGCCUCUACCUCCGUCCCUACCUUCUAUCGAUUCCCUCCCAACGCACAUACCACCACUUUGCGCACUACUUUCUCCUCCAUCGUAUCACCGACCCCAUUCAGAGCAGUACUUAACUUCUGCGAUCUCGUACCAGUUCUCUUCUAUUUGCACCAUCGUUGCUCGCCGUCGACUACCUCCCCGCGGCACCUCGCUACAGCGAGAGUCCUGCUAAGUCCCCAUCUGGCCGUAGGCCCUUGCACGCGAGAUGUCAACUAGGCGGAAGGAUGACCAGUGCUCGCAAGAGAAGGUACAGUCCAUCUACGUGGUGAACCAUGUGUUCUUCCCUCCCCAGCUGCCUGGCGGGAACGACUGGGACGCCGGUCUGGAGUCGCAUCUGCUAUCAACUCUGCGCACAUGCCUCAGCAACUUCUUUUAUUUGUCGGCCCCAGCCAGCGCGCUGCUGUCGCUUCCGCUUUCGACCUGGCUGUGCGGAUGUGUGAGGCCAUCGAUCCCAAUAAAAACAUCGACGCCAAGAAGCUCUCGGCCAUUUUCCAAGACAUGUGCCAGUGCGAUGGAGCUGUCGCGCUGGACAUAUCCAGCCAGAAUUCCGGAGUAAUGAUCAGCAGGAAAGAUCGUUCAGUGUACAUUGAGGCGUUUGAGCUCUCCCCCCAGAACAAAGUUGUCAUGGAGUCCCCAGGCCGACUCCGCCGCCAGUUUCCCGAUGUCGCCGUUGCUGUCCCACUCGGCAAGUUCUUGGACAAUGGAUUCCGCGAAAAUCUUGUCCAUACUUUGUCGACCCUGUGCCAGCAGCUGGCGCCAGGCACCCGCCCACGAGUGAAAAAGGCGGGCGAAGCCCACGACGAGGAGAGGGACACUCUUGACCCUAUGUGGGUUACUGAGUGGCUCUAUUCAGGGGUUCUUGGCCAUGAAUCCUAGCCUGGCGGGGGACAAAGCAUCUGGAAGAACGUCCGAGACUCCAUCCUGUGGAACAACAGCGAGAAGCCAUGGCGUCGAUCUCGUACAUGGCUACUCGCCAGAGUCGCCACGCAGCUAAUCUUCUCGCGCUGCUUGCCCGCGGCGGAGGAUACAUACAAGUCCUUCAUGCUCUUCUUCGUGGCCUCCAUCCUUGCCAACACACCGGCCGAACAUCUGUCCAGCGACCACAUGGCCAUGAUGAUCGUUAAGGUCGCACGGCGAAAGUUGAAGCUUGUUCGACUUGGCGCGCACCUGGAGGAAAACAUUGUCCGAUAUGUGGACGAGUCGGUGGCCAAGGCCACAGCGGAGCUCACAAGCCGCCAAAAGCGACUCUUCUCUGACACGACCUCUGGCUGCUGCAUCACGCACCUCGAGUCCCUUGACUUCGCUCAUGAUAUCGAUCACCGGCUUCCCAGGGUCGACUCGUUCAUCGAGUCCAUCGCCGAUCGCAUGCAAACCUCUCUCCAGGUUCCUUUCAGUCAGAGAUCGCACCCCGAGGAGUUCGAACCGGACGAGCUGCCUUCCCUCUCCACUCCCUCGUCGACAUACGCCGCCUUUACCCUUGCGGCAUUCGAAAAGUGGGUAACCGAGCACCUG